UGAAACUAAUAAAUUGAAUACUAAGGCAGUUUGUAUAUGUUGUAUUAAUAAAAAUGGUGGUUUAGAAGUGGUACAAUAUAUUCUGAGUUAUUUUAUAGCAAAUAGAGCUAGAUUAUGUCAAGCACAUUUAGCUGGCUGUGAUAAUUUUAAAAAUACAUAUACAGAAGAAGUGCAGAAUAUUCUUUCACAACUAAUUCCAGAGGAUAAUAAACAUGAUAGUAAUACAGAAGAUGAAGAUACCAGUGAAGAAGAAACUGAAUCAUAUCCUUCGCUUGCUAAAAAAUGA